CGGUAGCUCAGUGCACUUUCUCUUCGCCGGCCGGAAGUUGAGGGACUGAAUGGAUCCCGGAACCGGCGGCUGCGGCGUCUCUGUCUCUACUUGACACUUGGCGGUUGCUUAGCCCCAGGUCUUGACAGCUACUGGGCCACCAAGUUCAUGUGGAGGCUCCCAGGCGUCCGCGCCGCGCUUCGUGGGGUCCGCACGGCGGUGGAGCGGCGCAGUCGGACCGAGGCGGCGUCUGAAACCUCGGUGGGCGCGAUGGAGCGCGCUGUGGUGCGCUGUGUGCCUUCCGAGCCUAAGCUAAGCCUGUCAUUCGCGCUGGCCGACGGCAGCCACAAGAACAUGCAGCGCGACCAGAGCGAGCCGCUGGGUCGGGCUCUCAGCCGGAUCGCUACCAACGCCCUUAAAGGCCACGCUAAAGUAGCUGCCGCCAAGAAGAGCAGGAAGAACAGGCCAAACGCAGGCAGUGGCAUGGCCUGUGCUGGGCCUGGGCCUGAGCCGGCUGCAGCCUGCGAGCCCGUGGUGAAGCUGUACUACCGGGAGGAGGCAGUAGCUGAAGACGUGCUCAAUGUGGACGCCUGGCAGGACGGUGCGGUGCUGCAGAUUGGUGAUGUCAAGUACAAGGUGGAGCGUAACCCACCCACCUUCACCGAGCUACAGUUGCCGCGCUACAUCAUGGCCGGCUUCCCGGUAUGCCCCAAGCUUAGCGUCGAAUUUGGGGAUCCCACCGGCUCCCUCUUUCGCUGGUACAAGGAAACCAAACCCAGAGCGGCGGAGUCUGAGGGCGGAGGGCCCUCGUCAUCGUCUCCCUCUUCGCCCUCUCCUGGUUGGACCGAGACGGGUGUAGAGGAGCGCGUCUACACCCCGUCUAAUGCCGACAUCGGGCUACGGCUCAAACUUCAUUGCACUCCGGGUAAUGGGCAGCGCUUCGGGCCAAGCCGGGAGUUGGAAAGUGUGUGUCCAGUGGAGGCUGGGCCCGGCACCUGCACCUUUGACCACCGGCAUCUCUACACAAAGAAGGUGACGGACGACGCUCUCAUCCGCACAGUCUCCUACAACAUUCUGGCUGACACAUACGCCCAGACUGAGUUCUCGCGGACGGUCCUGUACCCAUACUGUGCCCCUUACGCUCUGGAACUCGACUACCGCCAAAACCUUAUCCAAAAGGAGCUCACGGGCUACAACGCUGACCUCAUCUGUUUGCAGGAAGUUGACCGCUGCGUGUUUACAGACAGCUUGGUGCCGGCCCUCGAGGCCUUUGGGCUGGAGGGCGUGUUUCGAAUCAAGCAGCAUGAAGGCCUGGCCACUUUCUACCGAAAGUCCAAGUUCAGCCUCCUUAGCCAGCAUGACAUUGCUUUCCAUGAAGCCCUGCAGUCCGACCCACUUCACAAAGAACUGCUGGAGAAACUAGCUUUGUAUCCAUCAGCGCAAGAAAGGGUGCUCCAGAGGUCUUCUGUCGUUCAGGUUUCUGUUCUUCAGUCUACAAAGGACUCUUCUAAAAAGAUAUGUGUUGCUAAUACCCAUCUCUACUGGCACCCCAAAGGUGGGUACAUUCGUCUCAUUCAAAUGGCAGUAGCCUUGGCUCACAUUAGACAUGUCUCUUGUGAUCUGUAUCCCGGCAUACCAGUUAUAUUUUGUGGGGACUUUAAUAGUACCCCAUCCACAGGAAUGUAUCACUUUGUCAUCAAUGGCAGCAUUGCAGAGGAUCAUGAAGACUGGACUUCCAAUGGGGAAGAGGAACGAUGCAACAUGUCUCUUAGCCAUUUCUUCAAACUGAAAAGUGCUUGUGGUGAACCUGCUUACACAAAUUACGUUGGUGGCUUUCAUGGAUGUCUGGAUUAUAUUUUCAUUGACUUACAUGCUUUAGAGGUUGAACAAGUGAUUCCAUUACCUAGUCAUGAAGAAGUUACCACCCACCAAGCCUUACCUAGUGUUUCCCAUCCCUCUGACCACAUAGCACUUGUAUGUGAUUUAAAAUGGAAAUAGAUUUGUAUCUAAUAGAAUUUAAAUCUGCUUUAGUAGGAGAUUUAAUAUGAAUCAGAGUUUAUGUAUAACUUUCAAAGAGGACAAUUAGACACUAAGGUAAAAUAUUCUUAUCUGUUAGUUAUGCUCUAGUGUCUUCAUUACAUGACUGUCAUAAUGUUUGCAUAAUACAGUUUCUCUACCCUUUUUUUCUAUACUUGGAGGAAAAACAAAAAUAUUUAUGACUGGCAGGAAGAACACUGUGUACAUUUUAUAAGUGCUUUUUUUUUUGCUAAUUAAGAAUUUUGUAAAGAAAAAAAAACCUGAAUGAUCUUGUAAUUUUUCUAUCAUAACACACUUAAAGUUAAAUGAUGUAUAUGUAAUUAGGGGGAGAGCACAUACAAGUUGGAAGUGAGAGGACUUAAGUUCUAACACAAGGAAGGAAUAACAUUAGGGCCUGUCUCUACCUCAGUUUAGAUGGCAAUUUCAUACAACUUCAGAGCUUUAACAAAAAAGUACACCAUUACCAAUUCCUAUUGGUUUUCAUCUUUUAUUUUUCAAUUAACAUAAGGUAUUUUCACUGUCUUAUUUUUAGGAUUUAAUUUUUAGUGUAUGGCAUAAAUGGACAUAUUUAUGGUCCCAUCCUUACUGCAGCUCAUCUUAACUUUUAGGAUGCAAGCACAAUUUAGUAUUCAAAGUGAACAGUAACAUUGUCAACUUGAUCCUAUUGUCUGUAACACUCUUGCCCAAGGAAAAUGUUCAUAAAUCAACAGGGUAUUUGUCCCUGUAGUAUUAGGUAUUAGGAGAAUAGCACAAUGCAUUACUUUUGAAAAACUGCCUACUGAUAUGGGCUUGAAAUAGUGGAUGAACCACGGAGUAUUUCUGUGCUGCAAGUAUUUUUGAAAUUGUUGGUUUUUCUAAAUAGGAGAAAGGGAGAGUAGUAAUGGGGUUUCUGAGCAUCUCUGGAAUAAACUUAUAGAGUUGAACAUUAUAUUAUAGCUUGAGUUAUAGGAAAACACUGUAUAUGUAAUUUAUACACUAAAAUUUUUUAAAAAUAUGAAGCCAAAUUCUUGAAAAUUACAAAUUAUAGUUUUACUGAUUAGGUCUAGCUGAUUAGUAACUAAGGUUUUCUAAGUCAGUUAUCACCAUACUUUAUUUGUAAUGCUUUAGCUGCAGCCUCAUGUUCAGGAUAACCAUAAUGUCAUCUUGUAUUUUUGCAUUUAACUUCUAGCUUAGAUAGCUAGAGCUCACUUCAGUCAGAGCUCUGAUUUUCCAGUCAUGAAGCCCUUUGUUCCAUCUUCUUUAAUCUCUAAGCCUGGUAAGAACUUUCCUCUUUUGAUGAAGUAGUCUGCAUUUAUUUUCAUAUUCUGCUCACUAUCCAGUGUAUUGUUUACUCUUAGUAAUUUUGAAAAUGAGAGGGUUUUACCUGCACUUCAGAUUGAACCUUGAAGUGCUUAAAAGUACUUGAAGCAAAAAAAAGGUGGCAGUUUUUUGGGAUCUAAAAGCUAUAAAUGAAAAAUUGAAGCUACCAAAUUGUGCCUUCCUAAAUAGCAUUUUAAAAGCAUUUUAACAUCAGUUUACAGAUACAAAAUAUAUUGAAGCCAGAAUCUGAUUCUCUUGCAAUUUUUUUUUCC